AGGUGAGGGGCAGAAGUAGGUUUUGGCCACGUUUCAGACUCUUUGAUCGAAGAGGAAGAAUGGAAGACGACCGAAAUUGAAAGCUUCCUUCCUCUCGUCUCCGGCGACUGCACGAGUUUUUGUGUAGAGGUGAUAUACAAUCUGUGAAAUAUAUCGAGAUUCCGAGAAGCAGUAGAAAAUGCAGGCAUCAAGGGCAAGGUUGUUUAAGGAAUACAAGGAGGUGCAAAGAGAAAAAGUAGCUGAUCCAGAUAUUCAGUUAGCAUGUGAUGAUUCCAACAUAUUUAAGUGGACUGCUCUCAUCAAGGGGCCAUCUGAGACUCCUUAUGAGGGUGGAGUCUUCCAGCUUGCCUUUUCUGUUCCUGAGCAAUAUCCCUUGCAACCUCCUCAAGUACGAUUCUUGACAAAAAUAUUUCAUCCAAAUGUGCAUUUUAAGACAGGGGAGAUUUGUCUCGAUAUCUUGAAGAAUGCUUGGAGCCCUGCUUGGACACUACAGUCUGUUUGUAGAGCCAUAAUUGCUUUGAUGGCUCACCCAGAACCUGAUAGCCCACUGAAUUGUGAUUCUGGAAAUCUUUUACGCUCAGGUGAUCUCAGAGGGUACCAAUCUAUGGCAAGAAUGUACACCAGACUUGCCGCCAUGCCAAAGAAAGGAUGAAGAGUGGUAAAGUUGUUGAGAAUGUCUUAAUUCUUAAAGUGUGCGUUCUAAAAUAUGAUUAUUUGUGCGCUUGCCCGCUAUUGUGAUAACAUUCUAAAAAUGACAAUUCAAAUUGUUUUAUGUAUCAACAAUUCUUGUUGUCACAUGCUAUCUAUGGAUUCUUCAUGUGUGUAUCAACGAUUUUUAUCUCCC